AUGUCUUGGCUCGCGGGGCAGGAGAAGCAUGGCCAUGACGAGAGCGAUAAUCUCGGUGUGGACUGGGUGCUACAGUACGAGUUUGAAGACAUUGAUCAGGCACAAGCUAUAUCCGAGUUUCGCACACUUAUUCAUGACCUAUCCGAAGCUGGCCAUCGAGUGCAGGUCCGCCAUGGCCAUGGCUCGGCAUUGUUGGUGUGCAUUCGUGUACCCAGAGACCAUCUGGGGAAGAUGGUACAUCAAUCAAGGAUAAAAGAUUGGCUGUUCGGCAUAACACACACCCUCCCGACUGGCGACGAAAAUACCGUCGCUACAGCUGAAACGCCAUCCGAGGAAAUUCGCUCUGUUUAUCACGCCGUUACUUGGAAGAAAGAACUCGGUGGCGCUGGAAUUACGCCACAGUUCGGCAAGUGGAAGAAUAUUACUGCAUCAUUCCCAUUGCAUGAUCGGGAUGCGUCCUCGGAGUUGCUAAGCAAAUGGAAUCGCAAGACGAAUUUGACGGCCGAGGAUUUGGACAUAAUUCGGGCGCUGUUUGGUGAAAAGGUCGCAUUCUAUUUCGCUUUCAUCCACUGUUACUCCAUCUUCCUGGUCUUCCCAGCUGCGCUAGGAAUUCUAGGAUGGUGGUUCCUCGGUCCGUACUCGAUCAUCUACGGCAGUGCGUUAUGUAUCUGGUGCAUCGUUUUCGUCGAGUUCUGGAAGAUCCGCGAAGCAGACCUCAGUCUGCGAUGGAAUGUCAAGGGCGUGGGCCAUUUAAAGGUCAAUCGCACCCAGUACCAAUGGGAGAAAGAAGUGAAAGAUCCAGUUUCGGGCCAAGUAACGCACACCUUUCCUGGAUGGAAACAGUUCAUACGGCAGAUGUUGCUGGUGCCAUUUGCGAGUGUGGCUAGUGUCGCGUUGGGGACUUUGAUUGUGGUCACCUUUGCUAGCGAGGUGUUUAUCUCUGAGGUAUACAAUGGCCCAUUGAAGGGCUAUUUGGAGUUUGUGCCCACGAUUUUAUUCUCGCUCUCGUUACCGGCGAUUACUUCCUUCCUCACGAGUAUCGCGAACAGGUUGACCGAGUACGAGAACUACCGGACGCAGGAUCUGUACGAUCUCGCCCAGACACAAAAGACCUUCGUCAUGCACUUUAUCACCUCAUUCCUGCCGACAAUACUCACGGCCUACGUCUACGUUCCUUUCGGCCAUGCUAUAGUCCCACAUCUGGAUAUCCUGCGACGAGUUGGUAUCAACAUGGCCAGCCAUAAGGACUUUGAAGUGGACACCUCCCGAUUCCAGGCCGAGGUUAUUUACCUCUCUAUGACAGCGCAAGUCUUCAGCUUCGCCGAAGAGAUCGUCCUACCCUACGUCAAGCACGUCCUUUGGCAAAAAUGGCAAAACUACCGCGACCGCAAAGCAGGACUUACCCGUCAACGCAGCUUCUCCAAAGCAACUGACCUCCUCCUCAUCGACGCCGCCGAAGAAUCAUCCUUCCUAAAACGAGUUCGCAGCGAAGCAGACGCAGAAGAAUACAAAGUCGAAGAAGACAUCCUGGAGAUGUGUGUGCAAUUCGGUUACCUGGCUCUCUUCGGCGUCGCAUGGCCACUCGUCCCUCUCGGUUUCCUGUUGAACAACUGGCUCGAAGUGCGCGGUGAUUUCUUCAAGCUCACGCUAGAAUGCCAGCGUCCACCACCCAUCCGCGCAGACUCGAUCGGCCCCUGUCUACUCGGCCUAGACUUCCUCGCAUGGCUGGGCACACUCUCAACAGCGGCAAUCGUCCACCUCUACCGAGGCCCCAUGUCCGAGGUCCGCCUCUCCCGACUCCUCCUGACAGUCUUCAUCGCCGAACAAGUCUACCUUGGCAUCCGCUUCACCGCAUCAACAGCCCUCCAAAAGAUCUUCAGCGACACCCUCCGCCGCGAAGAAGCUGGUCGAUACGCCGUACGAAAGACAUUCCUAGAAGCACACCAGUCCCGAUACCGCUCGCCGGAUUCGCCGUCCCGGGUACGCCAGCGUGUGCGUUUCCACGAACGGGUGAACGUGUAUAGCAGUGAUACUGCGUCAGCGGAUGGAUCGCCCUCGCCGACGAGCGAGCAGCCGCAGGAUGAGGUGUUGAGGGGAUCGGAUCGGGAGGCUGAGUUUUGGGAGGCGAGGGAGUGCGAUACUGCGGACGCGGGCGUCAAGCUGAUUCGUGCUUUGACUGCGGGGAGGAGUGGGAACGAGGGUAAGGGGGUUAAACAGGGUUAA